AUGGUCCAACAUAAAAUGAAGCAAAAGGCGACCCUACCCAAAGGCGUUAAGCAAAAAAUCAAGAAAACGAAACCCGUUGUACCUAAACGUGGUCAUAAUCUCUAUAUACCACCUAAGAAACAAAAGCUUAUUCAGCAGGACAAAGUAGCGGCAGAAGUAACGAAAAUUAUUAACGAGAAGAAUGAGGAGAUGGUAAAGGGUCGAGCAGAUACCGCUGUUGGUCGCAAUAAGACAGACUGA